AGGCCGGAGAUGUUGGGUCCGGAUGAAGGCGUCAUUGAGCUGCGAGACUGCAGGCACCCCAACGUGGAGGUGCAGGACGGUGUCAGCUUCAUCCCCAACGACUGCCUCAUGCGGCGCGGGGAGAGCUGGUUCCAGAUCAUCACCGGACCCAACAUGGGCGGCAAGUCCACCUACAUUCGCCAGGUGGGCGUGUCCGUGCUGCUAGCCCAGGUGGGGUGCUUCGUGCCCUGCAGCUCCGCGCGCAUCUCCGUGCGCGACUCGCUCUUCUGCCGGGUGGGGGCGGGCGACUGCCAGAUGCGGGGGGUGAGCACCUUCAUGGCGGAGAUGCUGGAGACGGCGGCCAUACUGAGGGGAGCCAGCAGCCACUCACUAGUCAUUAUCGACGAGCUGGGUCGCGGCACCUCCACCUACGACGGCUUCGGGCUGGCGUGGGCCAUCAGCGAGCACCUGGCGGGGCCGCACGUGGGGGCACCCACCCUGUUCGCCACACACUUCCACGAGCUCACGGAGCUGCGGGCGGAGGUGGGGGUGAAGAACAUGCAGGCUGCAGCCAUGAUCGACCCCGCCACCCGCCGCCUCACCAUGCUGUACUCCAUUCGGGACGGCGCGUGCGACCAGUCGUUCGGGGUGCACGUGGCGGAGAGCGCGGGGUUCCCCAAGGAGGUGGUGGCGAUGGCCAACGAGCGGCUCAAGCAGCUGGAGGCGGGGCAGGCGCAGGUUCGCGGCCCCGCGGCCAAGCGCCAGCGCACGGAGCAAGAGGGCGGGGGGCAGCAGCAGG